AUGGAAGAUAGCGAAACCAAGGGAGGCCGUGGCAUGGAAGAAGGCUACACUAAAAAAGGCACCCAGGGCAGUGCCCGUGCUAAUCGCGUGAUGCUAAGCGACGUGAAUGGCACAGGUAGGAGCAAAGUGGCUGGCAAUGCCCAUCGCUACAAAUGCAACCUCUCACCCCCUUCUUUUCAAACCCUAGCCACCGAACCUGAACCGGUUUUCACCUCCGUCAAGGCCUUCGCUCCGGCCACCGUCGCCAACCUCGGCCCAGGCUUCGAUUUCCUGGGAUGUGCCGUCGAUGGCAUCGGCGAUUUCAUCUCUCUCCGAGUCGAAUCCCAAGUCCACCCCGGCGAGAUCUCCAUCUCUGAAAUCACAGGCGCCGACAAUUCUACCACUAAACUCAGCAAAAACCCUCUCUGGGAUUGCGCUGGCAUCUCGCCAUUUCCACCAUGA